AUGUCGUCUGCUGUAGCAGAGUUGGAGAACUAUCUCCAGUCUAUGCUUGCUCUUAAGCCUCCAGGAGUCUCCGGAUCUAAGAUCAACAGUAUCACAUCGCUUUGUACAGCCAAUGUUCAGAAUGAAUCCGUCCUCAUCCAGAAGAUCUAUACACACUUCAAAAAAGCACCAGGAACACACAAGUUGGGCGUACUCUAUGUCGUAGACUCUGUAACUCGACAAUGGGUAGAAGCAGCGCGCAAAGCAGGCCAGCCAUCUGGUAGUGCUGCUCCCGAUGGAACUUUCGCUGCUGGCGUCAACAGAGUGACAGAACUGCUCCCUGUUUUGAUGACCGAUAUCAUAAACAAUGCUCCUGAAGAUCAAAAGGAGAAAAUCAAGAAGCUGGUCGAUAUCUGGGAGCGUGGUUAUACGUUUCCUGCACCCAUGCUUGCAUCGUUCAAAGAGAAGUUGAAUGCACCAGCACCACAAAACGUUGAAUCUACCACUCCAGAAGGAUCACCUGCGCCAAACUACCUUCCAAUCGGAGGUGCACAGCAGCAGCCAUCAAAUGGCGCAUCUUCGACCACUCCCGCCCAGUCAGCUCCCGAUACUUCCAGUAUCUUGAAAGCUUUGGCGGACAUGGCAAAACAGAACACAGCAGCCCCAGGAGUGCCGGCGGUACCGGCACCGGCUAAUCCCCUAGGCGCCUUGAACCCGCAGAGGCCAAUUCCACAACCCGUGGCAUCGUCUGUAGAUCCAGCUUCGCAAAUUCAAAAUGCACAAACUGGUGUAAACCCUUAUGCUGCUGGAGCCAUGGCAGCGCCAUUCGCGGCCUUGAGUAGUCUUGCUCAAAACCCUGCGUUGUUACCCCCGCAAAGCCAGAGUCAGACUCCCCCUAACCCCUUGGCUGCCGCGGCAAACCCAUUGGCUGCGCUACUUCCGCAGGCGACUGCAGCUCCGACUCAGGCAACUCCUGGUCUAGCGCCAGAUGCCCUGCAGCAGCAGCUCCAGCUCCUGCAGCUGCUUGCGGCGCAAGGAAUCCCCCAGGAUCAGUGGGCGACUGCCCUGCAGAUUCUCAGCCUCUCUAAUCCCACGAAUAUGACCGGUCUGAACCCUGGGCAGGUUCCCGGCUUCAAUUUGCCGGGUCAGACCGCGACUGCGACUGCGACUGCUUGGGGUACCCGUCCAGAGUCCCAAUCACGUGACUUUGAACGGGACCGUGAGAGGGACCGUGAUUACAUGCGCUCUCCUCCAGGCCAGUAUCGUCGCCGCUCCCGGUCUCCCGGAUGGGAACGGCGUCGCGAUCCGUCUCCUCCACGACGCCGCGACAGCCCUGUUUACGGAGAGUACCAUGGGGAUUCGCCUGGUCGCCGAGGUGACAUGCGCAACCGACGUGGCAACGAAUACCGCCAGCGCAGCCCUCCCGGUCGUAGACGCCGUUCUCCUUCACCUCCUCGCAAUGAUCCCGCACUGCCUCCUCCUGGACCGAAGUUUAUUGAAUGGGAUUACUCCAUUGGACAAGGAAACAUCAAAGUUCUGAGCCGAACUCUUUUCGUUGGCGGUGUCACAUCCUCCGAAGCACACCUGCGUUCUCUAUUCGGCAAGUUUGGUAUCGUCCAAACAUGCAUUGUCAACAUCGACAAACGCCAUGCCUUCAUCAAGAUGAUUAGUCGCCAGGACGCCAUCAGCGCCCGCGAGGGAAUGGAAUCAUAUAAAUCGGGAGACAUGCAAUUAAGAACUCGUUGGGGUGUGGGAUUUGGCCCGCGUGACUGCAGCGAUUAUCAGACAGGCAUCAGUGUUAUCCCAAUCGAGCGGCUCACCGAAGCGGAUCGUAAAUGGAUGCUUACCGCCGAAUAUGGCGGAACCGGUGGUCGGCCCAUCGAGUCCGGCAUGGUGGUUGAGGAACCAGACAUCGAGAUUGGUGCAGGCGUUUCAUCGAAAGCCAUCAGUAGACGAAUUGCCACGGAUACCGGAGGAAAACGCGGUCCAGUGUCCUCUCGUACUCAGCAAGAUCGAUUCCGUCGUCCCGAACGCGAUGGCCAUACAGUUGGAAUGGGUCCCGGCGGUCCCGGCUCCCACGGUGAGCGUGAUACGUCCACUGCCAGUAAUGUUGGUGUCCCGCCCGCGGUGCCUGGGUUUGGAUUUUCGUUUCCUGGAAUGCCCAUGUUUCCCCCGGGUUUCAUGAUGGGUGGAGCGCAAGCUGGACCUUCCAAUGGAUCGAGUCAACCACCACCUCCCGGUCAAUGA